UCCCGCUGCUGCCCAUCUCAUGCAUCCCAGCACCCCCGGCAGGACUGGCCCACCGUCUGCGCUCUCAAGCGUCUCUCCCGCCCAGCAUCCGCACCGUCCGGUUGCAGAGACAGCACCGCCGUCCAACACCACAUCUUCGCCGUCCGAGAAUCAUCCAUCUGCCGGUCCGAAUCAUCAUGGCCCGCGUUCAGAUCAAGACACAUCGGCCCUUCAUCGUCCCAUGCAUGCCUAUGCUGCCCACCACGAGCAGCACCAUACCUCCGGCCACCCCCAUUUGUCCUUUCGCUCGCCCAGCCCUUACCCUCCAAGCUACCACGCCAUGUCUUAUUCUCACUCUCCAAACCACCCUUCUGUGAUCGGCACUCAUCCUCUGUACGCUCGCCAGCCGUCUGCGCAUUGGUAUCCACACCCAACUCACUCGAUGAGUGCUAUUCCCGGCCCGUUUCAUUCUGCCCAUCUGUCAUCGCAUCCACGGGCUCGGCUUCCUCCCCAAGCGUUCAUUCCCCCAAUGGAGCCUCCCGCACCAGGCUAUCGUUUUUGCCGAUGCAACCUCUGCCGAAAAUUUCCUGCUGGAGGCGAUUGGCUCAGCAAAUCAGCAUACUAUAAGCAUUCAAGCAAAUAUGGCUACCCGGCGGGCGAAUGCACCAUCGUCCCGUACGGGAAACGGUCCUCAGGCUCAGCUAGUCAGAGCCAAACAUCGGAGUCCGGGAUCUCUGCUCCCGAAUCAACCCAGAGCGAUGCUGAAGGUAGCCAGCCGAUUUCAUCAAGCUUCAAUCGUCGGACUCGUGAUGACCAGCCAGCAGAUCAACCCCGUAGGAAGAAGGCGAAACACCAACCAGGGCCCUCGAGGCAGCCAUCUCCACCCACCGUCCCGCUCGUAUCCCGCGGACACAACCCGGCCAACUCUGCCGUCACAGUGAUUGACCUCGAUCCAGAACAACACCAUGGUUUGUGUUCUGCCUGAGAGCAGGUGUCUGUAAAAUAUAUUCUUCUGUCGCUGAC